AAAUGUCGUCUAGUCAAAGUUAGUCUAAUUUCAAAGCCGGUGCUGUGAACACAAAAAUACGGAAACUAAAAAUAUAUAUAGUGGAUAUAUUUAUUACCUAUAAUUUUUUUUUUUUUGUGAAAAAAUCGUUUAUUGAGGAGCUGCAAGUCAUCCUGAGCUUGUACUCCUUUUUUGCCUACUUGGUGAAUGUGUUAUGAUGAUCUCCCCGGAGCAACAUGAAGUUGACUUGGUAUUGGAUCGCCAAGUGCGCAGGAAUAUACAGGACAUGAUGCAUGAGGCGGAUGUGCAAGCAAAUCUAUUGGAAAGCGAAGGCGUUUCGGCACGUGAGCGAUACAACUCGGAGUCAAGCAUCGAUCAGGAUCAGCUGCAGCAGGACACAAUGGUCGGGCUGGGCACUCUCUCUGCGGAUGAGAUUGUCGAAGAAGAUCAGGACUCCGAGCAAGCGGUGCAGGAAAUACAAAACUUUCACGACAUGCUCGUGGAAACGCACAUCGACGUCAAUGGCUCGCUGCGAAAGCGACGGGGUAAUCUGCCAAAACACUCCGUCAAAAUCUUGAAGCGUUGGCUCUACGAACAUCGCUACAAUGCGUAUCCCAGUGAUGCUGAGAAGUUUGCUUUGUCGCAAGAGGCCAAUUUAACUGUCCUGCAAGUCUGCAAUUGGUUUAUCAAUGCGCGUCGACGCAUUCUGCCUGAGAUGAUUCGCCGCGAGGGCAAUGAUCCUUUGCAUUUCACCAUCUCUCGUCGAGGCAAGAAAGUAAGCCCCAACUCUUCGGGCUCCAUGGGCGGCCUAAAUAUCCAUUGCACACCAAAUCCAAUUACAGGCAGUCCGGCUUCAGAAGUUGUUGUUGGCGCUACGGAAGAGGUGCACAGUGCCGCCGAGAUGCACGAGGGUAUAGCCAAUGUGCUUACUAACUUUGAUCAAUAUGUGCGUACGCCCAAUGGUCAGAUGGUCAAAAUGGAGCCAGAGUUCGAUGAGAGCGUGAUAUACAGUUGGCAACAAGCAAUUGCAAACAAUCCGCUGGGCUUUCAGAGGCUGCACGCCUCAUUACAAGCUACCAUAAUCGAUAAGAUACAAAGCUAUCAAUUGCGCAAGGCGGCCUUGAGUGAUGGUAGCACCACCUGCACCACUAGCAGCGGCAGCAGUAGUGAGAGCAGCAGCAGCAGCACUUGCAGUACGAACAAUUCCAUGCUAUCGUAUAGUCCUUACGGGCAACUGUCGGCCGAAUUCGAUGAGGAUAAGCCGUCAAGGAAGCGCGGACGCAAGCGUCAGAACGAAUUGAACAAGAUGUCAGAUACUCUCCCACCAGAUAAAGUUCUUAAGCAGGAGCGUGGGCAAGGGCAAGGGCAAGAGCAACACAAAUCGCUAUAUCUGUCGAAAGCAGAAGUAUUUGCUAAACAGGAUGAUUGCACUGGUGGUUUUGUGGCUGCGCUUAGGUCAGAAGGUGAGGAGAGCGGCCACGACUACGAGUCCUGCGAACAAGUCAGUGAGGAGGAAGUCCGCUUCGAGACAUCCGACGACUGGCAGAGUGUCAUCAAGACCGUUUUCAGUACCGAGGAGGUGACCACCACCAAAACGAAUCCCGUCACCAGCAAUGCAGUCCAUUGUGAUUCAGUGACCCCGCAGGUCGUCAAAAAUGAAGUAAUUGCAGGCAGUCAGCAUUUGCUGGAUCAUAUGCUGGGUGCAGAGGCAACAAUUGUGACGAGUUCGAAUGUGGAUGAUGGUGUUUCGUGCGUUCCAGAGCCGGAUGAAAAUGUCUCCAUUGCAGAGAAUGAGAAUACACAACUGCAGGCGCAAACACCUCCACGUCCAGCUUUAAGUCGUGAGGAACGAGAUAAAUACAAAUGUCUGUAUUAUCUUGUGGAAACCGCUAUGGCUGUGCGUCAGAGCGAUAGUGGACAGGAUGAGGAUCUUUCCUACAUGGGAAACUAUUUAAAUAACUAACCCCUAAGCCAAGGAUUUAUAUUGUACAUAACUAUGUAUUAUUUGAAUUAUAUUUCAAGCGUCUGCUUGCGCUUUUUCAACUCGUUGAAGCAUGUGACCAAUGAGUGUCAUUUUGUACAAAAUUGUUAACAGAAACUUCACCACUCAAUAGCAGUCAAAUACACCAUGAAUAGACCC